AGGAACCGCGGGGACCGGCGGGCGGUUGCCGCGGUAACGCGGCGCGACAUGGCGGCGGGCGGUGCCCCCGGCCUCUGGGAGCGGGUGUGCGCAGAGUAUGAAGCAGAACAGCCUCAAUUUCCAGACGUUCCUGAAUCAAAAAAAGGAUCUGUGUCUUUGGAAGCAGGAAUAUUGGAGCCAUUACAUAUGGAACAAUUUUAUUCAGCCCCUGCAGCUGAUACUGUUGUCCAACAGUUGCUUCCCGUACCCGAGGCAGCCCCCUUUGCAGAACCACCUCAUCCAAAAACGUGUUCUCCUCAAGAAUACUUAGAGUAUUACAUAUUUCCAGUACUCUUACCCGGAAUUGCUGAACUUCUGCAUCGAGCAAAGAAGGAAAAGUGUUUUGAGAGAAAAAGGACCAAAUUUAUUGCCUGUGAUUUCCUAACUGAGUGGUUAUACAACAAGAACCCAAAGAGGAAAGAUGAGUCAUUCACAGAUUUCUUCUCCAUUCCUUUUGUUAACGACUGGCUAAAGGAUCAUCCUAGGCCACCAAUUCCUCUAUCUCUCCUUCUAUCAGAAGAAGAAGCAAGCAUAGUAAUUCAGUCCUUCUGGAGAGGUUAUCGGGUCCGCUGUGAUAGUGAAAUACAAGAGCUGCGUCAGUGGCAAAAGCAGUUGAGAGAGCACAAAAACAUUGCUGAGAGAGUGAAAGAAUUCUGGGCUAAGCAGGAAGCCAAAGCUUCCAUACUAGAAGGAGACCUUUGAAGUUCCUGCUAAAACACUUAAGAGGAAAAAUGCCUUCCUGACCUGACCCUGUGCCGAACAAGAGUGCUGUUUCCCUCCAUGUCUCAUCUAUAUCCAGAGGAAAUAUCAACCCCAGAGGAAAUCAAAGAUACGUAAAGAUUAAUAGGAAGGUGGAGUGCCUGGACAGUGUGCCCCAAGACUUCUUUUGGGGCAGCCAAAGCAAUGUGGCAACUACUGGCUGGGAUACCAAAGUCCACUUCUCAAAUUAGAGUGAAUGAAAAGCAGCGUGACUAGGAACAAAAUCCUUUACUGAACUGUGGGACACCACCAGACUGCACCUGUGCUACAUAACACCAUCGGGCUCGUGCUUCCCAUCGCUGGUCACGUAAGCAUCCCUGUGUAUUUUCUGAGAUGGGUUAAACGUUCAGCAAUGGUUUGGAUCUCUUAAGCAACCAGUUGUUCCUGGCCCUUUCAGUAAUCACUGAAAAAUGUUUUCAUUGCAAAUUUUAAUGAUGUGUCAUCACACACUGUUCUGUGUCACUAAACAGCUAUGACAAGGAAGGCAACCAUUAACUUGAAACCUCUGUCUGUGCAUACUCUGUUCAGACGUUAAAGCCUUCAGAACAAAGACUGCCUUUGAACUUGUCUACAUGCCACUUUGCACUCUUCCCCCCCAGUGUCACAAAGUGGCACUAAAUCUUAUUUUAAUGGGACUAUACUUAAUAGUAAUAAUUUUGCUGAUCAAGAGGCUGAGCAUUUUCUAACAUAGAGCACUUCCUUGAUUUUUUUCUUGGGUUUUCAGAAAAUAUUUCAUAUUAAAUGUUGUUAACUGAUAACGACAAAAAAUGUCAUUUAAACUAUUUUAAAAUAGAGGCUGCUUUUUCCACAGUGAAUCUUUUUGGCUUUCAGUGUUGGCUUUGCAUUUGAAAUUGUUAAGUUUUUCCAUGAACAAACUACAUGCAGAAGAAUCACUUUAACCAAACACAUGUAUUUUCUGUACUGCAUUUUUUCACUCCGCCCUCCACUAGAUGAUAUCUUAAUGAAAACUGUAAAAGGGAACAAUAUGUAAGUUUGCAAAACAUGGCAUUUGUCAUGACCCUUGUUUUGAACACCUGAAAAACAAUGCAUACAGAUGGUUUUCUUGGCUACUACAGAAAAAUACAGUU